GUAGCAAUAACUAUUUCUCAUCUCACGUCUUGCUUGAGGAGUGCGUUUGCGACCAGAAUCUGUUUUAUCUGUGACUGGAAAAUCCGUCAAAAAUUUUAGCGUACUUCAUGAUGUCAGGGCUCAACUGGGACAAAGCUAUAGAAGAACAGGAGAAAGGAGAGUUAGCUAGUAAAGUGGAGAACAUCAGAUUGAAUGCUACGGAGAAGCAGAAUGCCUCAGGAGACAAGACAGAAGCAUCAAACCAGAACACAGGUGAUACAAAUGCGAAGGAAGAAGAUGAAGACGAAGCUGCCAAGGCAGCGGCAGAUGCCUCACUGCUGAACAAAGCCCUCCACAACAGGCUCCAGGACAUCUCACAGACCCAGCUGGAGGUCCAACAGAAAGAUCCAACCUCCCCCCUCUACUCCGUCAAAUCCUUCGAAGAGCUUCAUCUAAAGCCUGACCUGUUGAAAGGCGUUUAUGAGAUGGGCUUCAAUGCUCCCUCAAAGAUCCAAGAAACAGCACUUCCUCUUCUCCUUGCAGACCCACCAAAGAAUAUGAUCGCCCAGUCACAGAGCGGCACAGGAAAGACAGCUGCCUUUGUCCUUACUAUGCUUAGUAGGGUCAACGUAAGCAACAACUGGCCACAGGCAAUCUGCCUGGCGCCCACGCUGGAGCUUGCCAUGCAGAUCGGCGCCGUGGUGGAACAGAUGGGCAAGAACAUGACGCAGCUGAAGAUCAUCUACGCGGUCAGAGGGAACAAACUUCCCAAGGGGACAAAGAUCGAGCACCACAUUGUCAUUGGCACACCGGGCACUAUGCUGGACUGGUGCAUCAAGUUCCGCUUCGUCGAAAUGAGCAAGAUCAGUGUGUUUGUGCUUGACGAGGCGGACGUCAUGAUCGCCACGCAGGGACACCAAGACCAGUCAAUACGUAUCCAGAGGAAACUUCCCAACACCUGCCAGAUGAUGUUGUUCUCAGCCACCUACGAGGACUCGGUCAUGCAGUUUGCCAAUAAGAUCGUGUCAGAUCCAGUCGUCAUCCGACUCCGGCGGGAGGAAGAGAGCUUAGACAACAUCAAGCAGUUCUACGUGCUGUGCCCCACAGAGAAGGACAAGUAUGAAGCCCUGUCCAACAUCUACGGAGCCGUCACCAUCGGUCAAGCCAUGAUCUUCUGCCAGACCAAGAGAACAGCCAGCUGGUUGGCAGAGAAAAUGACUCGAGACGGUCAUGCCGUGGGGCUGCUCAGCGGAGAGUUGGAGGUCUCGCAGCGACUGGCUGUCCUGAAGCGCUUUAAAGAUGGCAAGGAAAAGAUAUUGAUCACAACUAACGUCAUGGCCCGAGGCAUUGACAUUGAGCAGGUCACUGUAGUGGUGAACUUUGACCUGCCAGUCGACGUCAGUGGUCAGGCGGACUGCGAGACAUACCUGCACCGCAUUGGCCGGACAGGACGCUUUGGCAAGAACGGUCUGGCCAUCAACUUUGUGGACAGGCCCAGGAGCAUGGACAUCCUCCAGCAAAUUGAGCGACACUUUGGUCGGAAGAUCCUCUCAUUGAGCACGGACGAUGCCGAAGAACUGGAGAAGAUUGUUUGAUAUUUAGGCCUUGGAGACUUCCAAAAUAUCCAAAAAAAAGUCGUAACUCGAACCAGCAGUUGACUUCGCUUGUUUUCUUUUGAACAUCUAACGUCCUGGAAUUGUUCGGCCAAACAAGACAAGAAAUGCACGUAUCUGGUUUUGUGGUAUGUGCUAAGAUAAUAGAGCUAUAUUAAAUAACCAGAGCGCUAACCGGCACGGCAACGUGAAGCCUGCUUGGCUGAUGGAAAGCUAGAAAUUUGAUUCCCAGUACAUUAUACGGUAAAGGGGCACCCCCCAUGUGGUGCACAAGCCGUAUACCCUAUGGCUAUUGUGCCUACUGCACCCCACUCAGAAAGCUGAAAGGAAUUCCAAAGAUUCCACCAACACAAAAGAAGCCGCAAUUGGGGGGGGGUUUGCCGCAACUCGGGCAUCAUAUGAGAAAUUUUGUACGGCUUUUGCACAGCAAUUUGCAUAUCUGCAGCCGUACUCUAAAACAAUGUGUCAACAAAGUUGACAAGCCAAAAACCUAAAUGCUCAAUCAGUAAAUGAGCAAUUGGUUGUGCUCGACGUAAACCAUACCAACACGCUUGCAUCUGCUCUGCAGGUGAAAUUUGCUGCAGCUUUAUAAAGCGGCAUAUUACUGAUAGAAAAUAUGCUCACAUAUAUCUAUACAAUGUACUCAUGUACUGCAUAUAUAAUGCAUAGUUUUAAAAAGGUUCGGUAUUAUUUCAUUUCAUCCCACAAGCGUACACUUGACUUCAAAAUGUCGGCACUGAUGAGGACCCUGUCAUAGAUUUUCUGUGGAAGGAAUAGAGACGCCAACACUCUAGUAAUUUAAUAUAGCUCUGUGGUCAGGAUCAGAAUUGAAAAGCGAGAUACAUGUAUGCUCAUUCGGGGCUCUCUUCUGUCACAGGCAAGAAAUUGUGCAAAACCACGGGUGAAGUCUUUUCACAAAUGUUUCAAAACUUCUCUAGAGCUGUGUUUAUUUAAAAGGGUGCCAACAGGCUGUGUAACGAUCAAGUCAAGAGGAUUUUGCCCACAUUUGGAGCUCGAAAGCUUGAUCACUGCCCAGCCAUUUGCAUAGAAAUGUUUGCUGUUCAAUUCUUGUUGGAGGAUUGUAGUUUAUGUACAUGGCAAAGUAACAAAGCCUGACUUUCGUUUUAAAACAAAUCAAAAUUUUUUAGUCAUGUUUGAUUUGUGUAUAAUACUUGUGCGAAUGUGUGGGAGAGCAGCACGCUGAAAUGACUACUGAAGAACUUAUACAUUGCUUGAUAAGCAUUUGACACUUCCCUUGCAUAGCAGUGUAUGCAGCCACUCAUAAAUCUUACCCCAAAAAUCAAAUCAACUGCCAAGUCAAAUGUACACCAGCAACCUGCUGCUUUCAUUUUUGCUCAUCCACUCAUAGAGGAAGGACACAGGAGUUUGAACUGCCCUGGCUGUAACAUCUGGCC